UUCAUUAUUUUUUAUCCACCAUGGAUGGACCCUACUAUGGAGCUUAUUUAUAUUUCCUUGUGUUUGCUUCCAUAGCAGAAAAUCCACGACUACUGGUGACUUAAGAGAGUUCUUGAGCAUUUCAUCAAAUGGAUCUAAGACUUGGGCACUUGAAAUUCAGCAUUUUAUUUGUAUGCAUAGUCAUUAUAGCCAGCAUCUUCCUUCUAACUGAUGCAAGGUUAUUUGCUGAACAAGGAAUGAACGGACCAUUAGAACCAAAAGAUGUUGAGGCAUAUGGCUUGGGUUCUCCAUAUGCUCUUCCGCCUUUAGAAUCACUACCAUCUUCUAUGGUGUCGUCUCCUUCAUCCCCUAAUUCUCCGAUCAAAAGCCCACCAGACGAAUCUGCUAGCCCGCCCAUGUACACGCCAAUGCUGAGACCACCACAAUAUGAACUUAACCCACCAAGUAUCGCUCCUAGCCCACAUUAUCAUGGGCCUAGCCCACCAAUCGAUCAAUCACCAGCAGUUCAUCCACCAUCGAUUGUUGUAAUGCCACCACCGCCUCAUAAAAUGCCACAAUUUGCCGUGUGGUGUGUGGCAAAGCCUACUAUGCCUGAUCCAAUAAUUCAAGAAGCAUUGGACUAUGCGUGUGGGUCAGGAGCAGACUGCAGGGCAAUUCAGCCCAAUGGACCUUGCUUCCAGCCAGAUAAUUUGGUAUCACACGCUUCCUAUGCUUUUAAUAGUUAUUGGCAGAAGACAAAGGUCGCUGGAGGUACCUGCGAUUUUGGUGGCACCGCGAUGCUCGUCACAGUUGAUCCGAGUUUCAACAACUGCUAUUUCGUCUCUAGUUGAUCAUCGAAAACGUUUCAACAAGAUGGCACCACGUUUUUUGAGAUUUUAGAUUAUUGUAUAACCUUUUGGAUACUUUCUGGUUUAUUACAAUCUUGACGAAUUUUAUAAAUAUUUCUUUUGUAAAUGAAAGGCAUAUACUUAUUUUUGUUUUUCA